CGUCGUUUUUUUCAACUGUGGAAAUGGAAAGGAGAGGAAACGGAAAGGUAGUAGUGUGUGAUCGCAUGAUAUUCGACGAAUUGCCCCAACCAAUCCACUUCUCCUUUACAAUUCAAACGCAAUUACACCUCUUCCUGCUCUGAAUUAAGAGCUGAAGAAAAUUGAUGUCGUCAUCACCGUCACUACUGACGGCGACGCAGAAAUACGCCGCCGCAGCGCUUUUUGCUCUAUCCCUGCACCAGGCGCAGAUCCAUCAGAGCCGUCCAUUGGGAUUCCCCUCCCAGCCAGACGACGACGCCGACAACGGUUCUGCCUGUUUGUCGGAGGAACGCAUCAGCUCUGGCAGUAGCUGCGAAUCCGUCGCCGAUGAUCCCCAGCUCUGGGCGCACGAUUCCUCCGGUCUUCUUCGUCCUAUCUUCAAGUAUUUGGAAAUUGAUAUCAGAGCGUGGGAUGGGCUGCAGGAGACUGUGACGUAUGCAACUGCUAGUCAUCAUGUUGGAGCUUUUAUAAGGUUGCUAGCCGAGGAAAGUAGCAAUGAAUCUCGAGAAUCGUCUGAGAAGGAACUGGCUUUAGCAAAUGCUAUAAUAGCUAUGACCUUGAGUCUAGAAAGUAGUCAUGGAGAUUAUGCGGCUAAGCAGGAGAAGCAACGCGAAUAUGAGCAUGCUUGUCGGGAGAAGUUGAAAACCUCAGAAAAGACGGCAGAGCCAGAAUCUGAAGAUAAUGAUCUCUUUACUACUCGUCUGGAGGAAAAGGAUGCCACUACAGCUGAGGAAGCCCAUGUACAGUCUGUCACUGAAUCUGAUCGGAAACCAUUGGAAGAGAUAACAAUGCUUAGUUACGCAACGAAAGUAACAGUUCUGUAUGAGCUUCUUACUGCUUGUCUAGCCAAUGCACCUGAAGACGAAAAGGCCGCUACCAGACAAAGCAAAGGUUAUGAUGCUAGACAUCGCGUGGCUCUGAGGUUGCUAUCUGCCUGGUUUGAUCUAAAGUGGAUAACAGUGGAGUCAAUUGAAACUAUUGUUGCUUGCUCUGCAAUGGCUCUUCUAAAAGAAAAGGAAACAGAAGAUGUUUCUCAUCCAAAAAGCAAAUGGGCCAAGUGGAAACGUGGAGGAAUAAUAGGUGGUGCAGCGUUAGCCGGAGGAACAUUGUUGGCAGUUACUGGAGGUUUAGCUGCUCCAGCUAUUGCGGCUGGAUUCAGUGCCUUGGCACCUACAUUAGGGACUAUAAUUCCCUUUGUUGGAGCAGGUGCUGCUGCUUUUGCUAGUGCUGCUGGAACUGUUGCAGGUUCUGUUGCAGUGGCAGCUUCCUUUGGAGCUGCUGGAGCUGGACUUACAGGAAGCAAAAUGGCCAGAAGGAUCGGAGAUAUUGAUGAAUUUGAGUUCAAAGCUAUAGGAGGAAAUCAUAACCAAGGGCGACUAGCAGUUCAGAUCUUAAUAUCUGGAUUUGUUUUUGAGGAAGAUGACUUCAAGAGACCUUGGGAUGGACAAUGUGACAACUCUGAAAGUUAUGUACUGCAGUGGGAGUCCAAGCAUCUAAUUGCUGUAAGCACAGCUAUUCAAGACUGGCUUACUUCAGCAUUAGCCAUGGAAAUGAUGAAACACGGCGCAAUGAUGACUGUUCUAAGCACUCUUUUGGUAGCACUGGCUUGGCCAGCUACGGUGCUAUAUCUCACUGAUAUUAUUGACAGCAAAUGGACGAUUGCCCUGAACAGGUCUGACAAGGCAGGGAAGUUGCUAGCUGAAGUAUUACUGAAGGGGCUGCAUGGUCAGAGGCCUGUGACACUUGUAGGUUUCUCCCUUGGAGCAAGGGUGAUUUUCAGGUGCCUCCAAACUCUGGCUGAAAGUGAAAAUAGUGCUGGACUUGUGGAGAGAGUUGUUCUUCUUGGAGCUCCCAUCGGAAUCAAGGACAUGAACUGGGAAGCCACGCGAAAGGUGGUGUCUGGGAGAUACGUGAACGUCUAUUCUACGAAUGAUUGGAUGCUUGGGAUUGCCUUUCGUGCCAAUCUUCUCACCCAAGGAUUAGCUGGAAUUCAACCGGUUGAUGUCCCCGGCAUUGAAAAUGUGGACGUGACUGAGCUCAUUGAGGGGCACUCGUCGUACCUAUGGAGAACCCACCAUAUCCUCGAACAACUUGAGCUUGACACAUACUUUCCCGUUUUCAACAGAAAAAUCGUAGUGUCAUAGUCCAUGUUGCAGUGCCCGGCUCAUUCCUUUAUCGCCGUCGAGCGGUUCAGUGUGGGGGAAUAGAUCAUUUGUGACUCUUCAAAUUAUGUCAGUUGCAAGUAGUUCUCACAAAAGAAAUGAAUUAAAUUACUACUCAUAUAACAUUUUAUAUUUCCGUUGUACAUUAAAAUGACAUGAAAUACUAAAUUUUUAUUUAUUAUAUGUAACUAGAUAAUUGACUAUAAAA